AUUUAUUUGUAGUUAAACUUUCAAAUAGUAAACAUGUUUUUUGUACGAAUUUUUCUGUCAGCAGUACUAUUUUUACGAAUAUGCAAUGCAUUACCAUAUGGAAGUGAUUUAAUAUUAAAAUUUUAUGGGAGUUCAAAUCAAUUGAAAAUUAAUUCUAAAGAUGCAGCACCCCGUGGAUACAUAUCAUUUGAGAACAGUUUUUAUAAAUAUCAUCGAGAUCCACAAACUUGGGCAAAAGCAAGACAAAUAUGUGAAGUUGAAGGUGGUUAUUUAGCGAUAAUAAAUUCAGACGAUGAAGCAAGUUUUCUCCUUGGAAUGAUGGCUAAAUAUCCUGCAGACGUAUUAACUGAUGUUCAAUCGAAGGAUUUUGUUUUACUUGGGUUCCAUGAUUAUUUUAAAGAUAGAGAAUUUGUAACAAUUGAUGGAAAAUCAAUGGAAAGUUCUGGUUACAUGCACUGGGCCCCAGGUCAACCUGAUAAUGCUGGAGGAAAUGAGCAUUGUGGUACUCUUCGGCGCAGUGGUGGCUUAAAUGAUUUUCCAUGUGAAACUCCGUCACCUUUUAUUUGUGAAAUUUCCGCACACACACAAUUCACUAUAAAUGAUGUACAGAACAAUGAAAUGAUCAAGAGCAAAUUCAUUCAAAAUGCGGUGUACCCUCAAACAUUGAAGCCGAAUAAUUAGAUAUCAAUGCAUCAUUACAUAGUUAUUUGAAUCAUUAUACUGACAUUAUUUUCUAACAGUAUUUAAUCAUUUAUUAUUUUUUAUCAAACAUAUUUUGUAUCUUUAUGUGAGAAAUAUUAAAACUUUUUUUAAAUAAUGAAAUCAUUUGUUCAAUAAUCUGGUUUAACGAACGAAAUAUAAUUUGCACAUACACACUUUUUUUUACAGUUAAAGCACCGACAUUUCAAGUCAUUUGCUGCAAAUGUAGCCAACCUUGAAACUAGUUAUUAUUUAACGUAAUUAUUUUAAAAAAAUAU